AUGAGCCUACUGAUUGUUGAUAUGAGACAAGUACGGCUUUUAGCCGCGAAAAACCGAUCAGAAUUGGGUAUGGAACGUUUAAGAGUGAUCGGACAGUGUAUUGGAAUAAGGUCGCACCAAGACGAUGCAGAUAAGAUGCAAUUGAUGCUACAAAACGUUAAAGAGCUGAAUCACGACUGCGUGGCGUGCGCGGAGAUUUCGGUUGGGGAAGAAAACCGAUCCAGCGGGUGCUGGACGGACGGUACCUUGGUGGAAGGCAGUGUUUGCGACGUACGAUGUUGCAUUAUAGAGGGUCGCGUGGAGGCCAUGGACGUUAGGGUGUGGUCGUUGGGCGAGCUGAAAACGUUUAAGGAAUUUUGGCACAGCGACGUGGGACAGCGCUGGCGACGCGUAAGCGAGGAUCCUGGGACUUCUUAG